UACCAGUCGAUAAGCCAUCAUGAAGUCUGCAUUCGUUUUGUCCCUAUUCUUCGCUGGAUGCUUGUGCACCCAAUGGGGAGGUCGUACAGGAGGUGGCCAGUGGGGCGGACAGGCCAUCGGACAAGCUGGCGGCCGAGGUGGACAGGGUGCUUGGCCCCAAGGCGGAGGAGCUGAGGGGGGCCGAUCAGGCGGAUCCUGGGGACAAGGAGGCGGAUCCCCGGGAGCCUGGGGGCAGCAGGACAGGAGCAGUCGUAGCCAGGACGGCCAGCAGUACGGGGCCACCAUCAUAGGCACGCCUGAGCAGUACGGUUACGAAGCCAACAUACCAGGAGCACAUUCCAAGUUCGUCGGUUACAGAUCCGGCAGAUCUGGUGAAGGAGGAGCUGGCCAGCAAGCUGGGGGCCGAGGUGGAUGGGGCCAACAGCAAGGCGGCCAUCAACAGCAAUGGUGAUUUCGGAGUUUCAUCUUUAGCUCACAGCUCCACAAAACGCCUUUUUACUUCUUGUUAACUCUACAGAAUAAUAACAAAUUUUGCAUUUUUACGUAAAUAUACAGUAUUCUUUAAA